AUGUCUACAACUACAAAUAAUCACAAUCAUAUCACUGCUGACAGUUAUGCCAUUGUUGGUCUUUCCUGUCGUUUACCUGGAGCUAAAGAUAAGCACGAAUUUUGGAAGCUCCUCACUGAAUGCCAAGAACACAUUACCGAUACACCUGAAUGGAGAUGGAAAUCUCAAAAUUGGGAAUCUACUGAUGCUUCCAAUGUUCCUGGAUUAAUGUCUUCAUCUCGUGGUGCUUACAUACCCGAGGAUCAAAUCAAGGCUUUCGAUUGUAGUGUUUUGGGUGUUGGUCAAAAAGAAGUGGAAGUUAUGGAUCCACAACAACGUUUACUUUUAGAAUUAACAUGGGAAUGUUUAGAAGAUGCUGGUAUUAGACCAAAGAAAGAUAGCACAAAUGGUCAUUUGUUCGAUGAAACUGGUGUCUUUAUCGGUAUUGGUCAAUUGGACUUUUACACUGUUCAAUUGGAUAACAAUAAUUUUGAAAGAAUUACUUCAUACACUCACAAUGGUAAUACUUUGAGUAUUGCCUCUAACCGUAUUUCAUUCCUCUAUGAUUUUAGAGGUCCAUCUAUGAGUAUUGAUACUGCUUGUUCAUCUUCUCUCGUUGCAGUUCAUCAAGCAUGUAUGAGCUUGAAGAAUAAUGAGUGUGAAAUGGCUAUUGCAGGUGGUGUCUCUUUAAUCCUUUCUCCAUCUCCUUAUUGCGAGUUUAGUAAAGUUGGUGUUUUAUCAAAGGAUGGUAAGUGUAAACCAUUCGAUGAAUCUGCCAACGGUUUCGUUAGAGGUGAAGGUGCUGGUUUAGUUGUUUUAAAGCCAUUGAAGAAGGCUCUUGAAAGUGGUGACCGUAUUUAUGGUGUCAUUCGUGGUUCAAGUGUCAAUGUUGAUGGUGCUGCUGAAGAUUCUUUGAUCACUCCUUCCUCAAUUACUCAAGCUUUGAAUAUUAAGAAAGCUUAUGAUAGAUUACCAGAAGAAACUGCUAGUAUCUUGUCACCAUUCGAAGUUGAUUAUGUUGAAUGUCACGGUACUGGUACUGCUAAGGGUGACGUUGUUGAAACUGUUGCCAUUGGUGAAGUUCUCUCCGGUCCAAAUAGAUCCAAACCAAUCUAUGUUGGUUCUGUUAAGGGUAAUAUUGGUCACUUGGAAUGUGCAUCUGGUGUCGCUGGUUUAAUUAAGGCUGUUCUCAUGAUGGAAAAGAGACUCUUAUGUCCAGUUGCCAAUAUUAAAAAGUUGAAUCCAAAGAUUCCAUUGGAUAAGUAUAAUAUGAGAGUUGUUACUGAACCAAUUCCAUUGGUUAAGAAGAGAGGUUCCAAGCCAUUGGUCUUUGGUAUUAACUCUAUGGGUAUUGGUGGUGUCAAUGCUCACGUCAUUUUGGAAGAAUUCGAGCAACCAAAGUUGGAAGCACCAAAAUUGCCAGAAAAGGAAAGCGAAAAGGUCAUGAUGAUGUUGUCUGCACAAUCCAUUCCAUCCCUCCAAAGUCUUGCUCAAGAUUUAUCAAGCAAGGAAUGUAUCCAUGAUAAGGAUUCUAUGAUUGAUGUCUUUACUGUUCAAAAUCAAUUUAGAUCUCAUCACAAAUUGAGAAGUACUAUCAUUACUAGCUCUGUUGAAGAUUGUGUCAAACAAUUGAAGACAAUUGCAUCCGAAUCUGCUGAUACUCUUAGAUCUAAGGGUAUUGUACAUAAUUCAAAUAGAAGUGAUAAGGGAUUCGUCUUUGUCUUCCCAGGUCAAGGUCCACAAACUAAAUCCAUGGGUAUCCAACUCUAUAACAAGUAUGAAAUUUUCAGAAAUUGUUUGGAUGAAUGUGAUAGAUUGUUCAGUCAAUUGUCUGGAUGGUCUCUUGUUGGAAAGUGGAUUAAGGAACAAUGUUUAACUGAUGAUGAUAUGGAUCACCCACUCUAUGCUCAACCAGCUAUCUUCUUCCUCCAAGCUGGUUUAUAUGCCAUGAUGAAAGCUUGGAAUAUUCAUCCAUCUGUCGUUGUUGGUCACUCUGCUGGUGAAGUUGGUAGUGCCUAUGCUGCUGGUGUCUAUACUUUGGAAGAAGCCAUUACCAUCUUGUAUUGGAGAAGUACCUUGCAAGAAAAGACCUGUGGAUCUGGUAACAUGUUGGCUGUUGGUGUCUCUCCAGCUCAAUGUGAACUCUACUUGGAUGAAUAUUUGAGUGGUGAAGAUCGUUCUGCUGUUGUUGUUGCUGCUAUCAAUGGUCCUGGAUCAUGUACUUUGGCUGGUUCUCCUCAACUCAUUAACAAGUUGGAACAAGAUAUUUCCAAGGGUAAGGGAGUCUUUUGUAGAAAGUUGAGAGGUUAUUGUGCAUUCCACUCUCAAUAUCAAGAACCAAUUAAGGAAGAAAUGUUGAAUGCUUUGAAGAAUUUCUCACCAGUCAGCCGUGGUAAACCAACCCUCAUUCCACUCUACUCUACUGUUACUGGUAAAUUGUAUGAUACCACUGUUGAAAAUAUGGAUGAACACUAUUUGUGGGGUAAUGUUAGACAAGCUGUUCUCUUUGCUGAUCCAAUUACUGAUUUGUUAAAACAAGGUUACAGAGGAUUUGUUGAGUUGAGUCCUCAUCCAGUUCUUGCUGCUUCCAUUAAGGAAUGUGCUUCUGAAUUGGGUAUUGAAGAUACCAAGUGUUACUUUACUUUGAAGCGUUUCGUUGAUGAACAAGAAACUAUGCUCCAAUGUGCUAGAGAUUUAUUCGUCAAUGGAUUCAUUCACAAUGUUACCUUCAGAGAAAAUGUCAACUGGAAUCACCUUUUCAAUAAGGUUAAAGUUCCAUUCUACCCAUGGGAUAGAAGUCAAAUGAUUUGGAAUCAAACUGAAGAACAAGCUGCUGAAUGGAGAAGAGGUUAUCCAUCUAAUUUGGUUGGACACAAGAGUUUGAGAUCUGGUAGUGUUACAUUCCAAAAUAGAAUUUCAUUGGAUCACUUCCCUAACUUGAAGGAUCACGUUAUUCAAGGUGAUAUCAUUUAUCCAGGUGUUUCCUAUGUUUUAAUGUCUCUCCACGCUGCUGUUGCUCAAAUCAGAGCUAAUGAAAAGGACUCUGAACAAAAGGAACUUCCAAAGCAAUUCAUUUUGCAAGGAUGUGACUUUAAGGGUGCUCUAUCCUUAUCUCAAACUGCACCAGGUGGUUUCAUUGUUGAAACUGAUGUUACUCCAUUAGUUCACGGAACUCAAAAUAGUCAAAUGAUUGAAAUUAAGAGUAAGAGAGGUUUGGAAGAUUGGCUCGAUCACUAUAAGUGUUUCUUGAGAAUGUUGCCACCAACCAAUUUAAAGACUCAUCCAAACUUGGAUGAAGUCAAGCCACGUUGCAUGGAAGUCUCAAUGUCAAAGAAUGAACUCUACUCUAAAUUGAGAAAGAUGGGUCUUGAAUAUGGUCCAGUUUUCCAACAAUUGGAUAAGAUUUAUGUUGGUAAGAAUGAAGGUGUCAGUGAAUUGUCAUUGAAGAAGAAAUUCGAUGAAGGACCAAAGAGUCUCUUGGAUACUAAGAGACACAAGUCUGUUUUGGAAGUUGGUAUUUUGGAUUCUUGUUUGCAAUCAUUGAUCGCUAUUGCUGAAGAAGAUGCUAUCGUAUACAUUCCAUCUUCAAUUGAUACUUGUGUUUUGAAUACUGAAGUUUGUUUGAACCAAUUGGUCCCAGACAUGGAUAGUAUUUCAGUUUACUGCAAGAUGACUAAUCAAUCUCAAUAUGAACUUGAAGGUGACGUCUUUAUUUAUGGCCACAAGCAAGGUUCUAUUGUUCCAAUUGCUUCAUUCUUGUGCGUCAAGUGUAGAGCUAUUACUCAAGCAUCUUGUCCAACUGUCUUUACCAUUACUUCUAAUGAUUGUAUGUAUGAUGUUGCUUGGACUUCCGCCAAUAAGGAAGAAUUGACUGAAAUGACUGCUCCAGUCGAACAAGAAGAACAAUCUGUUGCUCAACAAUGGAUUGUUGUCUCUGAUGUUGCUGAAUCUGACAUGACCAAGGCUGUUGUCUCUUCCUUGUCUGCUGUUUCUACUACAAUUGUUUCUGCUGAACAAGCUGUUAACAUGCUCGCUCAAAAUCAAGAAAUUUCUGGUAUUGUGUUUGUUGCUAACGUUGCUGAAGAUAAUCAAGUCACUCAAGAAUCCAACUCUUGGAGAUUGAUGCAAAUUAUUAAGGAAAUGAUCAAGAUUGAACUUGACCAUGAAUCAUGUGAAACUAAAUUGUGGAUUGUCACCAAGGGUGCUCAACUCACCUACUCUGUUCCAUCAUCUGCUCAAUUUGUUGGUAUUGGUAGAACUUUCAGAAGUGAACAUCCAAACAUUAAGAGUUUCUUGUUCGAUUUCUCUGAAGGUAUCAACAUGGACAUUGCUUCCCAAACUAUUUCUAACCUCUUUGUAAAUUGUGACAAUUUGGAAUAUAACGAAUUGGCUUUAGCUGCUUGUGGUGACUUGAAGUAUUUGAAGGUUGUCAAAUCAACAUUGAUUCAAAAGCCAAACGCUCCAGUUACCUUAAAGUCCAACUCAAUUGGUUCAGUUAGUGAAUUGUCAUUCCAUGAAGUUGAAGAAUUUGUUCCACUUGAAGCUGAUGAAGUUAGAAUUUCAGUUAAGGCUUCUGCUUUGAGUUUCAAGGAUUUAAUGUUCUCAUUGGGUAGAAUUCCAGAUAAGGCUUUUAGAAGAGGUGGUAAAUGGAAUCCACCAUUCGGUUUGGAAUGUUCUGGUGUCAUUGUUGAAGUUGGCCCAUCUGUUACUGACUUUAAGAUUGGUGAUAAGGUUGUCUGUAUUGCUAGAAAAUGUUUCUCAUCCUAUGUCAAUGUCAAGUCAAGUCUCGCUAUUAAGAAACCAGAUUGGAUGUCCUACGAACAAGCUUCAACUAUUCCAUCUGCCUUCUUGACUUCAUGGUAUGGUUUGGUUCAUGUUGCCAGAUUGAGAAAGGGAGAAACCUGUAUGAUUCACUCUGCAGCUGGUGCUGUUGGGUUGUCUGCUGUUCAAAUUGCUAAUCACUUUGGUGCCGUCACCAUUGGUACAGCUGGUCGUGGUGAGAAGAGAACCUUCUUGGAACAAGAUGAAACCUAUAAGGUUCAUUACACUACUGAUUCUCGUUCAACUAGUUUCCGUGAUGAUGUUAUGAAAUUCACUAAUGGAAAGGGUUGUGAUGUUGUUUUGAACUCUUUGGCUGGUACUGAUAUGUUGUCUGCCAACUUUGAAUCAUUGGGUUCAUAUGGUAGAUUUGUCGAAAUUGGUAUUAGAGAUAUCUAUGAUGGUACUUGUGUCAAUUUGCAACAAAUGCAUCGUAACUUGACCUAUGCCUCAGUUGAUUUGGACAGAAUGAUGGACGAAAAGCCAGAACUUGUUCAACAAAUGUUCAGAGAAGUUAUGGAUUUGAUGGAGCAAAAGAGACUCUUCCCAUUGCCAUAUGUUGUCUAUGAUAAGGAAAAGCUUCAUGAUGCUUUCAAUUUUAUGGCUCAUGCCAAGCACAUUGGUAAGAUUGUCCUCAACAUGACCAAUGAAGAUUUGGAAACCUCCAUUCCAAGAUAUGAAAAAUUGAAGGAAGAAAUGCGUGGAUUGACCUUCUCUUCUGACAAGACUCAUUUGGUUGUUGGUGGUACUCGUGGUGUUGGUUUGUCCCUCGUUUUAUGGCUCAUUGAACAAAAGCAAGUUAAGAAUUUAGUCAUUCUCUCAAGAAGUGGUAAAUUGACUGAAGGUCAAUCAAAGGAUAGAAUUGAAGAAUUGAUCAAGACUGACUCUUCUUUGAAUAUUCAAGUUUUGCCAUGUGAUGUUUCUAACAGACAAAAUGUUGAAAAUAUCAUUACUCAAGUUCGUACCACUUUGAAUAUGCCACCAUUGGAAUCAGUUUUCCAUCUUGCUACUGUAUAUGAAGAUUGUUCCAUCAAUAACAUGACUGAAACCAAGUUCAACAAUGUCAUUCAAGCUAAGGCUGUUUCUGCUUGGAAUGUUCACCAUGCUACUUUGAAUGAAAACUCUAUCAAAUAUUUUGUCAUGUUCUCCAGCUUUGUUGCUAUCAAUGGUAAUAUGGAACAAUCCAAUUAUGCUGCUGCCAAUUGUAUUUUGGAUGCUCUUGCCCACUACAGAAAGUCAAAGAAUUUACCAGCAUUGAGUGUUAACUUUGGUGCCAUUGAUGAUGGUUUUGUUUCAAGACAAUACUCAACUAAGGUUAUUUUGAGAUCAAGAGGUUUCAUUUCUAUGCCAAUUCCACUCUUGGUUAAAUGUCUUGAAAAGGCAUUGAUUUCUCAACAAACUGAUGCUCAACCACAAAAGAUUAUCAGUUGUAUUGAUUGGAAGGAUCACUCUGAUAACUUUAAGCAUUUGAAGAAGAUGUUCGGUGAAUUGUUUAUUGAAACUGCUCAAGAUGCUGGUAUGGAUGCUUCUACUUCUCAAUUAACUGUCGAUCAAAUGAUUGCCACUCAAUUGGCCAAGAUUUUGGGUAUUCCAUUAGAAGCUAUUGAAAUUGCUGAACCACUCAGACAAUACGGUAUGGACUCUUUGAUGGCUACUCAAUUGAAGAACUGGUUGGAUAAGAUGUAUCCUCGUGGUUCAAUCACAACCAUUGAUAUCUUGAAGAAGGACACAACUGUCAAGUCACUUGCUGCUAAGAUUAUGGACAAGAUGGGAGCUGCUUCAUCUGAAAAGAAGGAAUCUAAGACUUCUAAAAAAUCUGAACCAGCCAAGCAAACCAAGACUGCUACUCCAACUGCUGUUGCCUCUGCUGCUACUCCAGUUCAACCAAAACCAGUUGUUGCUGAACAACCAAAACCUGUUGUCGCUCAACAAACUCCAGUUGUUACUGCUACCACAACAGUCACUACUACCACCACUGAUAACACUCCACUCACUAAGACUGUUGUUCCUGAAAGUGUUCCAGUUAAGGAAUUUGCUGCUCAUGCCAGAAAGGCCAACAUGAAGAACCCAAGCAAUGCUUACAUUCUUGGUAUUGGUGUUGCCAAUCCUCCAAGAAAGACUCAAGAAGAACUCUUCGAAGGUAUCAUGAAGGAUUACGGAACUGCUGACGAAAAGAUCAAGGAAAGAAUUCACAACUUGUUCAAGGGCUGUGAAAUUAAGGAAAGAUGUGUUGCUUUCGAUUUUACCAAGAAUUCUACCAAUGAUUUGAAGACUAUUGAAAGUAGAAAUGAUAUCUUCUUGAAGGUUGCCCCAGAAUUGGCUUAUCAAGCUGCUUCUAAGGCCAUUGAUGAAUGGAAGGGUGAUGUUAAGGAAAUUACUCACCUCAUUACUUGUACCUCAACUGGUAUUGCUGUUCCAAAUAUUCACUUGAAGUUUAUGGAUAGACUUGGAUUGUCUCACGCUGUUGAAUAUUUCCCAAUCAACAUGUCAGGAUGUGCUGCUGGUUUGAUUACUUUGAAGGCUGCUCGUGCUUUGACUUCUCUCAAUCCAAAGAAUAGAGUUUUGGUCAUUUGUAUUGAAUUGUCAUCUGUUCACUUUAGAAUUUCCAAUAAUACUGAUGAAAAGAUUGUUAGUGCCAUCUUUGGUGAUGGUGUUGCCUCAAUGGUUGUUGGUUCUCAACCACAAGCUCAAAAGGGUGAAAAACCUGUUUAUGAAUUAUUCGAUACUCACUCUUACACUACUCCAAAUACUGAUGAAUGCAUGACAUGGAAAGUUUUCCAUGAUGGUUUCCACUUGAGCUUGUCACCUGAAGUUCCACAAAUCAUUACCAACUCACUCAAGGAUUACAUUAAUACCUUGUUGAAGAAGUCUCAACACAAGGAUGAAAUUGUUUUGAAGGAAAAUUGUAAUGUUUUGGCUCACCCAGGUGGUAAGGCAAUCUUGUAUGCAGUUGAAAAGGCAUUGACAAUGAAUCGUGAAGAUUUGAAGGCCUCAUGGGAUAUCAUGACAAGAUAUGGUAACAUGUCCUCUGUUACCAUUAUGUUUGUAAUGGAAUUAUAUAGAAGAACUCAACAAUAUCUCAAUAAUGAAUGGUCUAUUGCUGUUGCUUUCGGUCCAGGUGUUUCAUCUGAAUCAAUUAUUAUGAGAAAUACUUGUGGUGGUGCUUCAAAUAGAUUGUAAAUUAAUUAAUAAGAAUAAUAAAUAAUA